CCUACGCUAGCCUGACGGAAGCCUGACAUGUUCGUUGGAAUUCUCGGGACUCCUUGCUCGGGAAAGACUUCCCUACGCGACUAUCUCGUCGAAAGUGGAUUUCUUGAAUUACGACUUGAAUCACUGGAGGCUACCUCAUGGAGCCCCAAAUACUCCAACAACGUGCGCACACCCGCCACAUUCUCCAAGCCCCCCCAAAGAAUCGACCCCCAUCCGAUUUUCUCCUUUGCAGACGCCCUCGACUGAGGAUACCACCAAGGCGUUUCGGACACCUAGCGAUAUGCUUGAUUAUGCCACACGAAACUGGCAUUCGAAUCAUGUCACAUUGUCUCUUCAAGAACCA